GAAGGAGUGAAGGAGAUGGAGGCAGGGGAUGAGGGGAGAGGGGCAGUUGAGUCUGAAGGAGUGAAGGAGAUGGAGGCAGGGGAUGAGGGGAGGGGGGCAGUAGAGUCUGAAGGAGUGAAGGAGAUGGAGGCAGGGGAUGAGGGGAGAGGGGCAGUAGAGCCUGAAGGAGUGAAGGAGAUGGAGGCAGGGGAUGAGACUCUACUAGACACUACUCCACUGGCUCCACUCCAGAUCACCUGCCUAGAGAAGCAGGUGGUGAUGCUGCAGGCUGAACUGCAGUCUCUCUCUGAGGAGAACCGGAGGCAGGCUGAGGAGCUGACAGUGUGGAGGCUAAUGGCCCAGCCCCUCUGUCUAGACCCAGAGGACCUCACCUCUGCUAUCCUCAGCCCUGGCCACAACACUGCUACCCUCAUCCCUGGCCACAACACUGCUACCCUCAUCCCUGGCCACAACACUGCUACCCUCAGCCCUGGCCACAACACUGCUACCCUCAGCCCUGGCCACAACACUGCUACCCUCAGCCCUGGCCACAACACUGCUACCCUCAGCCCUGGCCACAACACUGCUACCCUCAGCCCUGGCCACAACACUGCUACCCUCAGCCCUGGCCACAACACUGCUACCCUCAGCCCUGGCCACAACACUGCAACCCUCAGCCCUGGCCACAACACUGCAACCCUCAGCCCUGGCCACAACACUGCUACCCUCAGCCCUGGACACAACACUGCUACCCUCAGCCCUGGCCAACACAGCAGUGUGAUGGUGAUCAGAGAGGAUGAGCUGCUUCUCUCCUGUACCUCCAGUAGACUGUAUGGGAGGACCCUGGCCUCAAGACUGCAUCACUGCAAUUCUCCUGAAGCAAAGAGUCUCCAAAACCCAUCCAGAAAGAACAAAUCUACACAUCCCCAAGAGACGGAAAAACAGACCAAUGAACAUGGGGAAGAUGGUGAAGAAGCAGACAUCACCAAAGAUGUUUACCAAAUCUCAGAGCUCCAGACCAAGGCAACAGAGCACACUAACCAAGAUGAUUCAGAAAACAAGACCAAUCCAAAUACUCCCAGAGCAACAGAUGAGACCCAGGCCAAAGAAAUAGUCUCAAGGCACAAUCUAGACGUCAUAGAACUAGAUAACAAAGAGUUCCCCACUCUAUCUCUCGCUGAAGCUCAAUCCACUGAAGCACAGUCCUCUGAAAUCAACCAUUCCAGUCACCAUCAAGAGGUACCAAUCUCCACUGGUGUUGAGAAUAAAAGUCACUCCUCGGUCUGUAGAAAAGUCACCACUACAUCAGAGUGGCGAACUGAGAGAACGAUGGUGGAGACCAAGGUUCUGAGUUCAAAGGUCAUACCAGCAGGAUGGACAGGUCAAGAGAGAUUGAGCUCUGUAGAUGUGAGUAGUACCAGCUCUCAGACAGAGGAGGGGAGAGAAACAGGCGCCCUACCAGAAACACACCACGUAUACACACAGACGGAGGAGGAGGAGAAUGAUGAAGAACCCACAGAAUCCCCCCCUGUGUCACCAGUCCAGAUGUCUGAGGCCGAGGGGGACAGGAUGUUGUUUUCUGGGUCCUUCCCGAUCCCUGCUGACCCAGCCCGUCUUGCGGAGCGGAUCCGUCGUACCCGGACUCAGAUGUCUGCAGCGUACGAUGAUACGGAAUACGAACCCUACGGCCUGCCUGAGGUGGUCAUGAAAGGUUUUGCUGACAUUCCCAGUGGUCUAGGCUGUCCGUACAUUGUGAGGAGGGGGCUCCUGGGUACUGCUGCUAUGCCCCGCCCCCAGAGAGAUCCCGGCCAGAGGGAGGGGGGGCAGGAGGACCCUGAUUAACCCCCAACAGGUGAAGCGUUUAGCCCCUUAGAACCUAAUAUCUGCACCGGUCACACAAAUAACAGCUGCAUCAUCACACAGUUUACGUUCAGCACGUAUUUCACAAUUAUCACACGGUUUGUGUAGUCGUAAUGUAAACCACUAUGUGAUCGUGAUAGAUUAUACAAAGUCUGUAGUUGCAUAAUGUUGUCUUUAGAAAGGACGUUUCAUGUGGAGAUGACAUUAACUAGUUCCACAUAUGACUGACUUAAUCGUCUGGUCCUCCUUGGGAGAGUAGGGCGUCCCCCAUGGCAAUCCACCUCUCUCUCUCCUGUGUGGGUUCACAAGUUCCACAUAUGGUUGAGUGUAUUUGUUUAUGCCGUGUGUCAGUGUUUGUACAGAUCCACUGGAAGACCGUCAGAGGAGGAGUUCAUUUCACUGGACCUGCUGUGUACUGACCCCCACCUCCUGCCCUGAUGUACUGACCCGAAUAAAACCUGUUUCAUCUCUUGUGUACUGAGACACCUGAAGAGGGACAACUGUCCCCUGCUGACGUUUAAGACAAGACCUUUAUACAGAGUUAUACAGAGGCUCAUUGGUUUCUAUGCACCUACUACAGUACUGUUCUUUACAAAUCUACUGGUUCAGAUUUCCUUGUUGUGGUUCAAAUGAGAAAUGGUGCCUUGUUUUUAUUUAAUUUUUAUAAGCUACUUUAGGCCAUGGUCCAUUGCCUGUUGUGAAAACUUGAAUUUUCAUUUGAAUAGUCUUAUUUAUAGACUGUUGAAUGUUUUAGUGUGUGUGUUCAUAUUGGUUUUUAUAAGCAGUGGGUGUACAUUUGAGGGAGCGUGUGUCGGUUUGUACAAAACUGUACACGGAUGAGUACGUACUGCAUGUGUAGGAUGAUGUCUGGUCGUUAUGUUUUCUCAAUAUUAGCCUGUGCCUGCUUAUGACUCAACCUAACCUGAGCGUGUUUCCUGUCCUUGUAUGGUGAUUCACUGGGAGCGCUCCUUCCCUUCCCCUCCCUCGUCCCCUCUUUCUGUUCUUUCCCUAUUCAUUUCUCUCUUUCUUUACACUCAAACCUUUUUAAAAAUGGCACCCUCUGUGCUCUUGAAUUUACACAAGUGCUAAACACAUGAGUGAGGUAGUUUAUUUUUAUUUUUUUAGAUACACUAUUUAAAUUGUGCAGGUUUUAGUCUGCUUUUUUGGACUUUUUUAGUUUUUCCUAGAUUUAAUAUAUUACAUUUUUGGGGGGAUAGAUUUUUCGUGCACGUUAGUGAUUGUGCCUUAGUUUUCUAGAUUUUCAGUUGCAUCAAUAAACUGCCCUGGUUUGAAACAAUAUUCACUUAAGAGAUUGUAUAUCAAAUGAAUUUAUAGCAUCUUAAAUGUAAUCUUGGUACUGCCACCCUCAUUGGUGUGCUUUGAGGAAGUGUGUGCGCUUGUAUACAAAACAUGAAGAACUCUUUCCAUGACAGACUGACCAGGUGACUACAGGUGAAAGCUAUGAUCCAUUAUUGAUGUCUCUUGUUAUAUCCACUUCAAUCAGCGUAGAUGAAGGGGAGGAGACGGGUUGAAGAAGGAUUUCUGGUAGAGCAUGGCACUUGCAACGCCAGGUUUGUGGGUUCGAUUCCCACGUGGGACCAGUACAAACAAAAUAUAAAAAUGUAUGCACUCACCACUACAUGUCGCUCUGGAUAAAAGCAUCUGCUAAAUGACUCAAAUGUAAACGUGUGUGUGUGUGUGCCAUUCAGAGGGUGAAUGGGCAAGAUAACAUAUUUAAGUGCCUUUGAACAGGGUAUGGUAAUAGGUGCCAGACUGACCGGUUUGUGUCAAGAACUGCGACACUGCUGGGUUUUUCACACUCAACAGUUUUUCCGUGUGUAUCAAGAAUGGUCCACCACCCAAAGGACAUCCAGACAACUUGACACAACUGUGGAAAGCAACUGCCCCAAUGAAGUGAGGCUGUUCUGAGGUCAAAGGGGAGUGCAACUCAAUAUUAGGAAGGGUUCUUAAUGUUUUGUACACUGUGUUUUGUUAACGAAACCUUCCUCCAUUCCAAAUCCGCUCCGACCUUUCAGAGCUGAGGUUUAUUACAGCGUUACUGCAUGGUACUAAGAUGAAUGUGAGUUAUUGGUUUUGUUGUGGUCUAAAAAAUCUCUCAAAACACCUAUUUGUUUUUAACACACAUCUAAAUAAGUUAACAGCCAUUGGAUCUGAUAGAAAUUACAGGUUUAAUACAUUGUGGAGUGAUUUUAACUUGAUAUACAUAGUUAGCUACACUUGCUUUCUGUCACUACCGACAUGAUGUAUGUAGCCACUAGCAACAACCAUGUCUUCUCUAGAUUCUAGAAGCCUGGCGUGUGUUCUAGAACACGUAUGGGCUGUUACAGUACCAUUCACAAGCCUUCUGUACACACCCCUAGCUGAGUUAUCUGUGGGAUCUCUGGGUGGUGGGACUAGUCCAAGGAGUCCAGCAGAACACACUGGAUUCUUUCCCCUGUAUGUGACACUUUUAUGUGAAUGUAUCGCUGUUGAUGCUUUGUGUCGCUGUUGAAGAAGAUAGAUUAAAAAGGUUGAUCUAAA